GAUAAACGCUCAAAAUCUGCCGUCUGGUGGGGUGAAAAUUUGUUCAUAAAAAAUACAUGGGAAACUCCAAAUUAUAAUUCUUGAUAUGUUUCCUUGUCUAGAUCAUAGUGGCUGAUUCCCAUAUCAUAUCUAUCCCUUUAUAAACUUUGACCCAACCCAAUUGACGAGGUGAUCUCCAUUCAAAUUCAAAGUUCUCCCUUUUCUAUUCUUCCUUCAGCUCUGGUUCUCAGCAAUUUUGUGCCUUCAAUGUACCAAUUUCAUGCUUGAGGUUUAUCUGAGGUUUGUGCAUUGACUUGGGGUUCAAUAAAUGAUUGCUAUUGAGAAGAAUGAGGUUCCGAGGCAUCAGAAAUCAUACAAGAGUAGACAAGAAAAUUUUGGGCAGCAUUUAGGACUAUAUGCAACAAUUCCCCUUUGGAAUUUUGGUUAGCUAUGUUGAAUAAUGAAGACUGCACAAAGAGGAGAAGAUGGUCCUCCAGAGUGGUUCUAUUAUGUUGAGUUGCGAAGUUGAAAGGAGCAAUGUUUUAACUAAAUUUUACAUGGCAAGAGGGAUGAAUAAGUAACAGCUUCUCCCGGUGAGUAUAGACAUGGUCGUAUCAAUAUGUUAUGAUAUUUCAAAAGGUGUGACUUCUGAAGAAUCUGAAGGGUGAAAGUAGAUCUGCCGGGCUGAUCCCUUGUGCCUUGUAGGUGGAUAUUGAUAUCAGUAGCGUUUUCAGUUUAGUUUGUGAACUAUCAUGUGUAAAGCAUGAUAUAUGCCUUUUCGUUUAGAAGAGAUAUGGGAUGAUGUAUUGUAUAUUAAUUCUUAGGCUGUUCAGUCCUGUUGAUUUUAAAGUUUUGGUUGUGCUUUAAGGCAGGAGAAAUUGCCCAUCUACUCCCAAUUUAAAAACUACUGCUGUGUCAUGAAAAAUGAAAAGCUAUGUCCUUGUUUUUUAAUUUAAAAUCACCAAACUCAUGUGAAUUGAGUGAUUGCUCCAAACUUUUAUUGAUGCCCUUGAUCUUGGCAAGUUAAUUUAUCACACAUGGCCUUUUCUAGCCUAACCCGUAGAACUCCUGAUUUGGCUGUUUGAAAUUAUUGUUUCUUUACGAGGUGUCUUACUCUCAUCUGUUUUGUUUGUUUGACUUAAUUAAUGGUCCUGCUGUCCAGGGAGAUGGAACAUGACGAAGUCUCCAUUUUGAGAUCCAAGGAUCAGAAGAAAAUUGAAAUGACAAUGCUCCCUAAAGGAAAUAAUGUCAUUUUAAUGCCACAGUCAACAUGCUGCUCUGUUUGUGCGUUUUCCAGGCAAGAAAAUACUAUUGUGGAAUCAAAUCAACGAUGGAAGUCACUGACCAAACUUUCGGGGCUCAUCAUUUUCUACCUUAUGGUUAUGUUAGUAGAGAUUGUUGGUGGAGUGAAAGCCAACAGCCUUGCAGUUAUGACAGAUGCAGCCCACUUGCUCACUGAUGUUGCUGGAUUCUCCAUAUCUCUUUUUACAGUCUGGGCUUCAGCAUGGAAGCCAACAUCAGACCAUUCUUUUGGAUUCAAUCGUCUUGAAGUCCUUGGUGCUCUUUUAUCUGUGCAGCUCAUAUGGCUUGUAUCUGCAGUCUUAUUUUAUGAAGCACUUGACAGAAUUCUCCACAAAAGGAAAGAGGUAAAUGGAGCACUCAUGUUUGCAAUUGCUGCAUUUGGAUUUAUUAUCAACUUAGUAAUGGUCCUUUGGCUGGGUCAUGACCACACUCACCAUGCUUGUGGGGACAUUGACGACGACCACCAUCACCACCACCACCAUCAUCAUCAUCAUCAUCAUCAUCAUGACCACGAGAGGAGGAAACCUUGUGAUUUAACUGAAGAAGAGGAGACUAGUUUGGUGCCGAGUAGUCUAGAGAAGACCAAGAUCUUGAACAUAAAUCUACAAGGAGCUUACUUGCAUGUCAUGGCUGACCUAAUUCAAUCUGUUGGGGUGAUGAUUGCCGGAUCCGUUAUUUGGAUAAAACCAAAGUGGUUGAUAGUUGAUCUUCUCUGCACCCUUGUCUUCUCUACUUUUGCUCUGAGCACCACUCUACCUAUGCUUAGAGAUAUUUUUGGCAUAUUGAUGGAAAGGACACCAAGAGACAUUAAUAUUGAUGUGCUGGAAAGUGGUAUCAAGGGUAUCAACGGAGUCCAAAAUAUUCAUGACCUCCAUGUAUGGGCUAUAACUGUUGGGAAACUUGUACUGUCCUGCCAUGUAGUAGCUGAGCCUGGAGUCAGCUCUAAUGAAAUACUUGGUAAGAUCCAGGAUUACUGUGAAGAAACAUACAAAAUUCAUCACAUAACUGUACAAAUCGAGUAGUCUUUUACUGAUACCUUUAUAUUUUCUUUUCUACACAUUUAAAACAUCCAAGAUUGCCGACCAACUGUUCUAUACCAAAUUCAUGAACCUUGCUGUUGCUUUGGUACAAAUGAUAUAUUAUCGAGUCAAAUGACAUGGAAACGCUCGGCUUGUGUGUGGUCCUGCAAUAUGCAUGCUUAUCGGCUACUUGGUUUUAUUCCCCUUUAGCAGCUGUCAAAGACAAUGGGCAGCACGUUCGGGAUGGUUAUGCCCUGUUUGUUCCUGCAGAUACUAACCAGGUCCAAGUCACCAUCUUCCCGGUUUUAAUAUCCUCCAACAUUAUACUUUUCUUUGUUGACCUUUUUUAUUUCCAUUUGAAUAAGUUAAUUUUCUCGAUCUCUCGUUUGGUAACGUACAGGCCCAGAUUAACCAGCUAUUGAAUUCAGACAAAGGCUUAUCCUUACCUUUCAAUUAUCACAACCAGAAACUUUAAAUAAGCCAUACAUUGUCCUGGCAGACCCAGCCAUACUGAAAAGUAUAGGAAGAGUAAAAGUCAAAAUGGAGACACUUUUAUUACAAGUUAGUGGCUGAUCAAAUAAAACAAAUUAUGCUUCUCUGUUUCAAAUAGCAACUUCCACUUUUAAGCGAAACAUGUUAAGAAAAGAGCAAAGUAAAAGCAGGCCUUUCCAUGCUGCUAACAACAUUGUUGUUUAAAAUAUCACAAUCUUCCUUGUCACAACUAAGUAAAAAUACGUAUUCUACAUGUGUUUCUCUUAGCCAAAAAUUGACCAAAAAAAAAAAA